GAACCUUCCUAACUACCAGUUUCAUAUGCAAAAAUAGCCAGAAACCAUAUGGAAUCGACACUUUCACUAAAACAAAUUGUAUGGAAAAACGCCUCUCUUAUAUCUUCAGAACAUCGGCAUCUAUAAUGUAAAGGUAGAUACGAAAUCUACUUAAGCAACCAAUGCCCAUACUUCCAGACGAUAAAUGCGACGACGCCUGUGUCAUGCCAGGUCAUCAAAAUCGCUCUUUGAGCUCUGCAACAUUCUCGACACUCGCCUUCUCUUCUAUUCCCUUGAUCCUAACAUUUCUAGUCGUCAGUCUCGUCGUUCUUCAGAAGCUCUUCCCAUUGUUAGCUGGCCUACAACAAUCCAAGGAAGAUCAUAUUCAUUAUCUCCCUAGCGAUGCCCCUCCCAGUUUGCGACAAUCGCAUAAAGAAUAUGGCAAGAAAACUGCAAGAAGGAAGGCUAUAGCUAUCUCUUUCUCUACUACCAUUGCGUUGGCUACAGUGCUCGCAGAAUUGAUCCUUUGCGAAAUCUCGAAUUACCUCAAUCCAGCGGCAAGGGCGUUUGCGCUCAAGAUAACGGUCCCUACACUUUUAUUUCUACUCGUUGUUCUUAUCCCAUUUCUCGAAUUGCAAUCAAUUAUUGUAGGGCUUGGAUGGACAUUCAGCGUAUCGAAGAAAGGAGGAUUUUCUGCAACGGCCUGGCUCCUUCAAGCCGCCGGUUUUACAAUUUGGUUGAUGGGGUUUUGGUGGCUGGGGAAAGGGGUACCGGGAACUUAUAUCCAUACAAUGGCAUCUGUACCCGGAAAAGGACUCAGCGAAGCUUGUUUGGACAGAGUUGGUAUCAUCGGAAUUUCUUUAAUGGCUCUGCUCUCUGGGUUUGCGGCUGUCUCUGCCCCUUGGCAAACAUUUGGUGCAAGGCCGAAACCUGUUUCAGAAUCUGAUAUUGCACGGAAGCAAGCAGGCUUAGAUGCUACAAAUGACAUGCUUGCUGUAAAACGAAGUCGAUUAAGGGCUCUUCAGCGCAAAGUUAAUACUCAUCCGGCUGAAGGAUUCAUGACGAAGGUUAUUGGGAGCAUACGGGGAAAUGGCGACGUACAAGAAUUGAAGGCUCUGGAGCUAGAGAUAUCUGGGCUUUCAUCUAUGGCUCAAAAUCUUUCCAGCUCGUUAUCGAUGUUGCAGAACCGUUACGCGUCGAAACAAAGAUCCUCCUCACCUCUUGGCAAAGUUGUCCUCACGCCCAUCUCUUAUGUGUUUUCAUUAUAUUGUAUAUAUCGCAUUGGAACGACUACGUUAGCCGUUAUUCGACGUCUUGUCUUUCCGACCGACCCUGCAUUCUUCAGUUCCUCAACCACGGAUCCGGUCAAUCGUAUUCUCUCUCUGUUCGCUAAGCACGUAAAUCCAGCUUUCGAUCAACUAGCAUGGUCUCGUCAAAUAUCCUUUCUCUUAUCGGCUGUAAUACUCUUCGCCUCUUUCAAUUCAGUACUUCAGACCUUCCAUAUGCUCACCAAAAUCUCACCGUCGCUCCUCUACCAAGCUCAAGCCAAUCUGGCACUCAUCGUUGCACAAAUCAGCGCAAUGUAUGUCAUAUCCAACGCUUUACUUCUGAGAAGUAAUCUUCCAUCGGAGAUGAAAAGUGUAGUGAGUGAUGCACUUGGAAGCCCAUUAGAACCGGGUUUUGUAGAAACUUGGUUCGAGGGAUGGUUUUUAGUUGCUAGUAUCGGAACUGUCGUGGGAAUUUUUGUGGGUAGGAAGAUUAUCGGUUCAAGUUCAGAUUGGGAUGAUGAGUAUGAAGGUGAUAUGGAGUUGGGACAAAAGCAAUCUUGAGAGAAAUGGGUUGGGUUUGGAUUAGGUGCCAAUCAAGACGCAUAUUUUGUGCGUGUACGUGUAUUGUAUUUGUAUUGGAGUUUGAUGGCUGAGCGGUUUAAACUUGAUGGGUAUACCUGGAGCGGCUUAUUUCUAUGGAAUUUUAUGUUAUAUGAAUAAAUUUAAGAGGGGGGUUACAUGGUGUAUGAAUGAUGAAUGUGAGAGGGGAGAGCUACUUUUAUACCUAGAGCGUAUUCGCAUGGAGUCGAUGAUUGACGAACUCAUCGUGAUGUACGAUUUGAGAUAUACUGGAUAGUGAACGGAGUAUCAAUUUUUUACCUCAUCUUGAGUAUAGUUCUUGAAAUCUGGAAAUCAUAUGCCA